GCUCCUGGUAACUCCACCGCAGAGUCUCGUCAUGCUGCUUCCGCCGCUGCUGCUGCUGCUGCUCUGCUUUACCGCAGUCCACUCCAGCGGACCAGUGCAAACCUGCUGCCUCAAAACGACGGACACCAUCCUGCCCCUCAGCAAAAUAGCGGGAUACUACAGUCAGAAGGCCGGGCUUUGUCCAGUCGAUGCCGUAGUAUUCGUCACCGUUAAGAAUGUAAAAAUCUGCUCACCCCCCAAUAAACUUUGGGUGAAAAGGGCAGUGAAGUAUUUUGGCAGCAAGAAGACAAAGGACGGGAAGAAAGUAACGCCUCCCCAAUAGACGACACUGGAAACGCCCAGGAGUUGGACUUUUCAUUUAAUCCCGAGUCACCACUGUGCCCACAGACCUUUAGGGUUAAGCUAUUUAAUUUUUUUAUUUAACUUUUACAAAAGGAACGUAAUUGCUAUAUAGU